AUGGCAACUAAAUACUUAAAAACAGUUCAAUUGAAUGAUGGAACUUCAAUCCCCUCCAUUGGUUUGGGAACAUGGAAAGCUAAAGACGAGGAAGUUUAUGAUAUCGUGAAACAUGCUUUAUCAAUUGGUUAUAGACAUAUUGACACUGCAGCUGGUUAUGGUAAUGAAGUACCUAUUGGAAAAGCAAUUAAAGAUUCGGGUAUUCCAAGAGAAGAAAUUUAUGUUACCACUAAAUUGUGGAUUACUAGGCAUGCUGAACCAGUGGUAGCAUUGAAGGAAUCUUUAGAAAGAUUAGAUUUAGAAUAUGUCGAUUUAUUCCUUAUGCAUUGGCCAGUUUACUUAAAUCCUAAGGGAACUCCAGAAAAGAUCCCACUAUUACCUAAUGGUAAGAGAGAUAUUGUUUUGGAUUGGUCAUUUGUUAAAACCUUUGAAUUAAUGCAAGAAUGUGUUGAGAAGGGAUUGACCAAAUCCAUUGGAGUUUCAAACUUUCUGAUCAAAAAUUUGAAAAAGAUCUUGGCUGAAGAUUUUAAACACAAACCUGUGAUUAAUCAAGUUGAAAUUCAUCCUUACUUACCUAAUUUGGAUUUAAAUAAAUUCUGUCAACAAAAUGGAAUUUAUUUGGAAGCUUAUUCUCCAUUAGGUUCUGAUGGAUCUCCAUUAUUAUCAGAGGAAGUGAUUAUUAAAAUUGGUGAAAAAUACAACGUUCCACCUGCAACUAUCAUUUUUAGUUGGUUGAUCAAACGAGGUAUAAUUGCCUUACCGAAAUCCAUCAAACCUCAUAGAGUUGAACAAAACUUGAUGAUCUUGGAUCUUGCUGAUGAGGAUGUCCAAUCUAUUAAUGAUAUUCAUCUUACUAAAUCUAAGAGAUAUGGAUUACCAGAUUGGGAUCCAAUUGAUGUUUUUGGUGAAGAUGAAUAA